UGGUGAGUCACAUAUAACACAGGUAACUGAGCUGCUGCUGAAUGAAGCUUAAUCAGACAGAUAUGAAGUGCUGGAAAUAACCACAUCAUAAAUAAGCAACACAUCUUGGCCACCAUUGCACUGAUUCUGGAUGGCAUUGUGAUGCCAGUAGUAAGGGUUGGAUGUUGCUAUCAAAUGUAUGACCUACAGAUGUGCCUGAUUUGGUUGUUAAAGACCACAAUAAUUAAUGGUAGCUUCUUGUUAAGGUAAAAGAGAGGAGAUAAAUUGUUUGGGGGGUGUCUUGAUUGGAUGGUGUGAACCAGGAGGUAGUCAGAAAAUGGGAAUUAAUAGAACAAGGAGGUGUGUCUCAGAAGAAGUGAUAAAUAUAGUAUAUUAUUAUAUAAUAUUAAUGAAUUGGUUCACAUCAUGUUUGCGUCACAGCCCUACAAUUUAAAACAAAACCUGAAUGUAUAUACUAUUAGCUAAGGUUCAUAUAAAGUGUUUGUAUGGAUUUAAAUGGCAAUAAUAUAUAAUUUUCCAAUAAAAAGACCAAAACCAACAAUAUGUUUGUCCCUCUCUUGAUACUUUCCCAUUUCCUGUUUGUGGUACUCAGCUUUAAGCCUAUUUGUUUCAACUGAAGAGGUAAAUCUUUUUUAAAAAAGGCAGAAAUAUGUUGUCUUUUUUUUAUUUAUUGUUUUAGAAACACUAAGUGGUUUCCUAAAACAACAGGGCACUUUAGCAUUCAGCAAGUGAAGCAUAGAUAGAAGUUAAUAGUACAUUUGUUGCAAACUAGCUUCAGCCGCAGAUUGGGUAUAUGGGAAAAUAAAACAAAAUAGUGUUUUGACAACGAUGGUCUAUGGUCGAAUAACCUACAUUGGGCUUAAAUUAAUACAAGCCAUAUGUGUUAGUAGGGUCAAUAAAUUGUUGGUUUUGGUCUUUUCAUGUGAUUUGACAAACUAUAAAAUAUCACCAGGACUAGCAUUGUAUAUAGUAAAAAAUGUUUUUUAUUGAGUAGAAAAUCCUUUUCAUUGACUCCUCUGCUCUCACAGAAGCAACCUUUUACUGACCCAGCAAUGCAUCAUGGUAAAACAAAGAUUCCUGCCAUUGACAUAUUACAGUUUGUGUUUCAUUUAUUCCUGUUGUUGCUGGGAAUCCCAAAUGGCCCCGAUGUAACCCCUAUUAGUUUGACUCCUAUCUCCGUCCAUAUUGAGAUUAGGUUAUUAUGCAAUGGUAUUGUGAAAUGGUAAUUGUAUAGUUAUUAAAAUUCUAGUAACAAAUGAUCACAUUAUUCAAACAAUCACAGCAAGAACAAUAAAGCUAUGAUUUAAAAGUACAAUAGCUCAUGAAAAUCAUGAUGUAACAGUGAGGGUUCUUUACUGAGGAGUGUCUUCAGAACAAACGCCUCCUUCUAAUAAAACAAUGCCACUCUGUCCUCCUUUCUGUUGUGGUGCACUUCAAGAGCUCAGCUGCUCUCCACUGUCUGAGCCUGUGCUCAUAAAUCAGACAGAAUGACGACACUGCCGCCCACCCAGGGCGAUGCCCCACACACACACACACACACACACACACACACAGUGGACACUAUUGGAUGCUAAUCCCAAGUGACAGUUUAUCUGCAUGACAAAAAUGAGUCAUGAUAUGAGGUCCAUUCUCAUUUUGUCAGGUGAAUUUAUUGUAGCCAAGCAAUGGAGGUCCUUUGUAUUUUGACCAUUGGGCCUAUCUGAGAUUUCAAAAUGAAAGGACAUAUGCUGCUCUGUUGUUAUUCACAAAGACUCUGGUUAUUUCACCACUCACUAAUUCAGCCCUGCAUGUUACAUCACUUUGGCAAGUUUUUCAGGUCACAUUGGGCCCUGAGGAGGGAGUGGGAAAACCAAAGAAGUGUAAAAAAACAACUGGCCACAGAUUAAUAAAACGAAUUCUAUAUGUGCAUGCUGAACUGAUUUGAAUCACGUUAAGUUAGUCUGCGUCACACAUUUUAUGAGAUGCAAUCAGUUUUCUGCAUUAGCCCUCAGUGUUUAAAGACAAAGUGCUCAAAAUCAAUGUCCACAGGACCACGAGUCAUAGGACUGUGUUAAUGUCUCCUGAAUCACAUGGUUUAACGUUAACAACUGACUACACAGUGUGUCAUGGUUGGACUAUGAAGCAACAGAGCUGUGUUUUUCCUCAGGGCUCCAAAUCCUCUGUUGAUGUCACAUAGUUAAUAUUUGGUCCAAGCUUUAAUAAUUACUUCUGCUCCUGCCAUCAGCAAGAAACAGGAUUCUUCAUUCAGGGAUUAUGAGAAAUUUAUCACAGCUCAUACUCACUUUGCUUUCUUACUCUGGCUCCAUGACAAAAGUCUUUAUUCUUUGUCUGAUUACCAAGACAGAAGCAAUCUGUGUUCUUUCCAGUGUAUUAUAUUGAAAUGUAGAAUUAAAGAGCUGUACAACCGCACCACAAUGUUAGGCAUUGUGUUUUUCUCUUUCUGAUACCAAAUUCUUUGCACAACGGAGUUAACACCAUCUCUCCUGUCAUCCUCAUCCUCAUUUAAAUGGUGUGAAUAGAUAUUCACGUGUUUAAUUAUCACAUCUGAAACUGAGACAUCACUUUUCCACUCUUUGAUCUGAGUGGUAUAAGGUGUCUAGUUGAACACUUCAGCUCGCCUACUUAUGAUACGUUAAAAAUAAGUAGAAUCAGGAUUCAUUAGUUUCAACAACAGAAAAUGGAGCUCUUUAUUCUUUAGGCCAGUUUCAGUCUUGCGCUUCACUGCCUUUCUGUUCUCAGGUCACACUCUGUUGGACUGGCUGUGUAUGCAUGGUGGAGAUGGGUCUGCAGAAGAGGAGGCGAAGGAACUGUGUCACCGAAUGUUGGUCCAGGGUCUGCUGCACCCCUUCAGUGAUGGCACAGCAGAGCUCCAUGGUGACAGCACUGCGUCAGCAGUGUUUAAUGAGGAGCAGCUGUACACCUGGGCUUCUGUAGGCCUGCCAGUGUCUUCUCACUUGUGGGAACUCUAUGGGGGGCGAACCACAGCCAGAGAACAAAGCUUGAGAUCACCUUUGCAUCAAUCAUCAGCCAAGACAUUAGGAGCUCUACACUCUCAGACAGAAUCCAGCAGGUUGAAGUCAGGUCAGUCAUCAUCAGAGGAUGAAAGCUGCCUCAUCCCUCAGCUGGAGAGGACCGUUGAUGACCUGCGGAUUAAGAUUGCUGUGUUGCAGGGCCAGCAGGCCUCCUUGGCAAAGGGCAGCGGUGAUAAUAUUGGAGCUCUGUGCACUGCCCACCACAAGGCCUCACAGAUGAGAGGAGGAAGACUGGAAAAGAUGAGCCAGGAGGUGUCCGUCCAGACCUCACCUGUGGAGGAGGGGUUUAAGUUUGACGUGCCUUUCAUCGGAGGAUCAGGCAGCGUGUCGUCUUCCGUUUCAUCCUCCAUCCCCAAAUCUACAGAGAGCUUUGUCUGCAUGUGCCAACAGAGGCAACCGAGCAGCGCCCAUCAAGCUCCACCACCACCACCUUUACCAGGGGGUGUUGCUCCUCCUCCUCCACCACCGCCUCCCCCACCCUUACCCGGGUUUGGACCUCCUCCACCACCUCCUCCACCACCAGGUUUUGGACCUCCACCACCUCCUCCCCUGCUGGGUUUUGGACCCCCACCUCCUCCACCGCUGGGUAUGGGCCCUCCUCCCCCACCCCCUCCGCCUGGAAUGGGCCCCCCUCCUCCACCCCCACCCCCAGGCUUUGGGCCUCCACCACCACCAGGCCCCAUGCCCUCCAUGAUGGUCCAGGAAGCUGCCCCUGCCAAGGCUGCGAUAGAGCCCCCCAAGCCAAUGAAGCCACUCUACUGGACACGGAUACAGCUGAAUGCUAAAAAGCCCAUUGGCUCACUGGUGUGGGAUACAAUCGAUGAACCGAGUGUGGACUUUAAAGAAUUUGUGGAACUUUUCUCCAAAAGUGCUGUUAAGGAGAAGAAAAAGCCAAUUUCAGAUACAAUCAGCAAGUCCAAGGCCAAGCAGGUGAUGAAGCUCUUGAACAACAAGCGUUCACAGGCUGUGGGUAUUCUGAUGUCCAGCAUUCAUCUUGACAUGAAGGACAUCCAGAACGCCGUCCUAAAUAUGGACAACACUGUCGUUGAUCUGGAGACUCUGCACGCCCUCUAUGAGAAUAGAGCUCAAAAUGACGAGAUGGAUGGCAUUAAAAAGCAUAUUAAAUCAUCCAAAGACAAGGAGGAUGCCAAGCCACUGGACAAGCCUGAACAGUUUCUGUUCCAGUUAUCCCAAAUCCCCAACUUCUCUGAACGAGUGUUCUGCAUCCUGUUUCAGUCAACUUUCCACGAAUGUAUCACCUCAAUCGUCCGCAAAAUAGAAAUCAUUCAGAGAGUGUGCAAGACUCUCCAGAGUGGUAAGUGUGUAUUGCAGGUGCUUGCCCUGGUGCUGGCUUUUGGCAACUUCAUGAACGGAGGUAAUCGGUCUCGAGGGCAGGCCGACGGCUUCACCUUGGACAUUCUGCCAAAACUGAAGGACGUCAAGAGCAGUGAUAACUCACAGAGUCUUUUGUCCUACAUUGUUGCUUACUAUCUAAGGCACUUUGAUGAGGAUGCUGGCAGAGAGACGUGUGUCUACUCUCUGCCCGAGCCCCAGGACCUUUUCCAGGCCUCCCAGAUGAAGUUUGAGGACUUUGAAAGAGAUCUGCGCAAGCUGAAGAAAGACCUCAAUGCAUGCUCAGCUCAGACGGAGAAAGUUUGCAAAUCGUCCUCUGAAGAGAACCUGCAACCCUUUCAGGGCAAGAUGGAGGAAUUUCUUAGCCAAGCCACAACCGAACUGGAAACGCAAGAGAAGCAGUUGGCAGACACUCAGAAGAUCUUCUUGGAGUUGAGUGUGUCCUUCUCAGUUAAACCCAAGGCAGGAGAGAAAGAGGUCUCUCCCAACGCUUUCUUCUCCAUUUGGCACGAGUUUUCCACUGAUUUCAAAGACCAGUGGAAGAAGCAGAAUAAGCUGAUGUUACAGGAACGGGUCAAAAGGGCUGAAGAGUGCUUCAAACAGGCCAAGGAGAAGGCUUCCUACAAUGUGAAACCCAAACAUGCAACUGGAAUCAAAGCAAAACUGGGUCAGAAGAUCUGAAGCAGAGAAUGGAAAAUGAUCAUCACCCAGCCUAUUGCACAAGCACUGUCUGUACAAUCUGACGUGACUCAUUUUUACAGCAUUUAUUUGCUUCCGGUGUUUGUUUUCGAUUGAUUUAGACCUGUUGUGAGUUAGUUUAAAAGUGGAAUGAAAAAUGACAUUCUCAGCCACCCUUUUAUAGCACUCGCAUAAUUAAAUGAAACAUUGCCACCAAAAGACAUCCUUAAGCUGAGAUGAUUAAAUGUCGUUGCUAGAACAUGCACAGUGUAGUCUGAAAUUUGUAGCAACACUAUAUCCAAGCUUACUCAGUAUUUUAUAAGCCAUAUGUAGCCUAUUUUCUUUUUUUAAAACGAGAUUCCUAAACCUAGUUUUAGUAAGGAAUAAGCACUUCCUCUUUAUAUCUCCAUUAAUGGUAAAAAGCACAGAAUUUUAUAACAUUUCUACAUGGUAGGCAUGGAUCACCUGCCAGACUGAAAGUGCCUUAUCGCACAGUGGAGGGGUCAAAUCAGUGCUGUCGAUCAGAGCUUAUUUUUGAGACAUAUCACCUGGAAUUAAAUGUUACAUGUUAGGAGAAAUCAGUUUUACAUCAGCUGAAACAUGACAACUUUACGCUUCUUAAGAGUUUCAUCAAGUUUGCUUUAGAACCUUGUGAUGAUUAUAGCAGCUCCUAUAUUGUAGUAUAAUGUCUUUUCAUCCAAAAAUAACAUGCAUACCUAAGUGGUAUGAGCCAAUUUAGAUCUAUUGUUUUACUCAGCAGUAUUGUCAAAAUGUUUUGUUUUAAGCAAAAACCUGAUGCAGUUAGUUGUGCUUUUCCUACUCUGUGUGAGUCUGUGAACUCCCAUAUGCAAAUGGGGCAAUAGGACCAUGUUAUGUGUUCCGUUAUGUUCAUGUGCAAUACCAACAAUGUGUUUUGAUUGAAUACCCUUGUCAUGAAAAAAUAUAUUUAUUGAAUAAAAUAAAUGACAUACAUUUUUAAAUUUUAAAAAAAUCUGCUAUUGCUGACUGUUUUCCAUUUAUCACUUGUCCAUCCGUGAUAUUAAGUGGUACAGAACUACAUGCACUCGAAACACCACUGUUUUGUAUGAAAUAGAUUUAAUAUACUUUUCCCAUAUAUACUUGCACACAUACAUAAAAUAUAUUUAUAUACUGUAUAUAUUGCAUUGCACCUCCAUUACACAUGCUGCAGUAUGUUUUUCCUACUGGCUAGUAUAUUUGUGGCAAAUGUACAGCAUACAGCCAGCCUUGUGUCCAAUCAGGUGGAUGCCACUGGUCAUUGUGUUGUGUUGCUUCAUGUUUCUUGAAAUCUUUUCCUUAACAUCCGCUUGUGUAUCACUUGGGACAUAAUAGAAGUCAAGGAAAAGAUACAGGAUGACGGAUACAAUACUUGUAAAACACAUCAACAUCUCCUACACAGGUUAAAACAUGGUGGCAAACUGUGUAAUUACUGUAGCUCCACCUGCAUAAAAACAUGUCAUAUUACAUUAAUAGGGGUCACACUAUUUCUACGGUUUCUUUAAGACGCUGAAUUAUCAGCGGUAUCCUUUGUUUUGUAGUUUUAAAACUCCAAGGCACUUUCUCGCUAUCACAAAGGAAUCGAAUGACACAUGUAGAAAUAGUCAUGUAGAUAUGAACUGGAAAUGACAGGGAGGAAAAACUUGCUCAAUGUUUAAAACGGUCUGCUUCCUCAUCAGUGUCUCUUGUGCAGCCACUUGAAUCAGUCUCAACAGCAUCAGCUUGCCAACAUGGCUGCUAGUCUCUGAUUAAAUCAUCGACGAGCCUUUUUUUUUAGUAAUAUCAGUUCUGUGUUUCAUGUCAUUUUAUUGUAGGGCACGAUGCAGAAUAGUUCAACUUUCAGCCAGCGCUUGCUUGGGUGAAGUUUGUGAAUUCCUGCCUUGGACAGAUCAUGUGUCAUUUCAAUUUUAAAAGGCCUUCUUAGUCCUUCACAGUUUCCCAUGGCCGCUCACAUCUACAGACAUGCAGCGACACUGUUUGACCCUCUGCACCUUACGGUGUCUGAAAGGGGGCUGCAGGUCUGGGCAGUCUAGCUGCACUGUGAGCUGUGUGAUGCGGUGUGGCCUGCAGAAGGAGCAGGACUGGAACGGCUCCUGGGCCUUGUUGUGGUUUUUCCUUCCAGAACCUGAGGCUUGGCCUCGAUUCUGGCCUUCACCCGAGUUGGGGCCCAUAUGGCGGGGAAUGUAGAAGGAGUUGCACUGGCCGUAGCAAAAACGGUUGACCACAGUGUGGCUGCGGCAGCCCUCCUCGCUGAUUGUCUGACGGAGGGGUUGGGUCUUGCACCAGUCUCUGCGAAGGUAGCGGCGCUCUGUCACCACCAAGGCCUCCCGGCUGGAGGAUAGCACCUCUGGUUUCUGCUGCAAUAGCCGGUGGUGACGUUCUGAGGACAGGUUCCCUUUGGUCUUGUGUGGGGAUGGGAUGGAUCCCUGGGGCCGGUGCUUUUUGGUCUCUGCGGUGAUGCAGAGCACCCCGGCCAGUAUGACUGGGAUAGUUAUUCUCCACAGCAUUCUGGAAAAAGAGAGAGGCACAUUACUAUGCAUGACAUUCCUAAACAAGAAUAAAACAUUUGUUGAACAGAAUUUGAAAAUGAAUGACACUAAAGCUGGCGUUACUCUAAUUCAGGCACAGUGAUAAUACAUGACAAACUUUUUGAUAAAUUGCAAACAUGAUAUCAGCCAAUCAUGUUUACAAUUGUGUCAAUCUGUAUUCGUGUUAACCACCUUUGCAGUCCAGCCUUCAAGGCAUCAUUGGGGAAAUUAAUCCAUCACCAGGUCCCCCAUUUGUCAGCAUCUCUGUGUCAUUACUUCUAUUUGCUUUCCUCUCGGCUACGCAACUCUUCUAAAAAUAAACAAAGCCCGGCCAUCAAAGGAUACACUUAAACACCCAUUACGAGAAGGGGAAGUUGAUUUUAUUGGUCCCGUCGCCGGGUAAAAUAAUUAGGGCUUUGCUUACUUUAGUCAUGAACUAUGCCGCAGAUAUGUAAACAGGCAUUAGGAAGGCCCAUCUGCAUGUUAUUAGGGAAGAGUUGGGGAACUCUAACGGAUACCCUUUGGGAGUCCACUCUUCUAUUCUUUGGUGAUAUACGAUGUAGCAAACUGAACUGAGAAUGACCCAGAGUGUCCAUAAUCACCAUAAUGUAAGAAGAAAGAUCGCAUGAUUUCGAUAAAUGAUUUCUCUGCCAUUCAGGACGGAGUAUCUGCCCGUGUGCAUGCUGUCAGAAUUUGCGCCAGCACAUUUUUGAUCAUCACUCAAGCAUCUUUUCAGCAGAUGUUGCUCUUGACAAGCGUUGCAUGACAUCAAGUCAGAAAUCCUGACAGAGAACCAAACUGCCUCAAGGCCGUUGGCUGUUCCCAUUCACAGACUCUUCUUUGCUGUACAAAUUUGUAUGUUCCCUUUCCUCCUUUCCUGGACCUGCAACUCACUCUGACAUGGUACAAAUCCCUUUAUCAUAAUCCACUUAGUUUUUUGCCUCCUUUUUUCUGCCCUUGACCCUGAGGUCAUGGCAGCUUUGUCCGAGCUGCAUGAGCACUCAAGUCAGUAUAUCACUAUCCCGGCAGCACCUCACGUAAGCUAGAGAGCAGCUGUUUGUCCAUCUUGCAGAAAUGGAGUUUGAAUUCUAACCAGGCAUUUUGUAUAGGAUAUCAGGAGAUAUACAUAUCUUGGAAUUACAUAGACACCUGACUUUGUAACACUUUCUUGUUCAAAUCUGAUCUCUUGUUUUUGUAGUUUGUUUUCUUUAUUACUGUAAGAAAUCAAACCUGUGUGGAAAGGAUUAAAGGGUAAUUUAUUGUAAAAUGCAACACAGGGUUGCACAACAAAAUGCAGUUGUAACCCAUUUUCUACAAAAGAGAAAUAUUACAAACAAAACAAAAAGAGUAGUGCAUUCCUAUCGUGCAUUUUUUAACUUGCAUCAGGAGGAAUCCAUUAACAUUAAACAUUCGACAUCGGGGAAACAUUGUUCAUCAACUUUGAGCACCAAGCAUCAUUGACGUAAACACAGAGUCCGCCUCCUCUCGUCCCAUCAGAGUCCUUUGGGCCUCUGGCCAAGUGCAGCUUGAUGCCAUGAUGGAGCCAGGUCUC